AUGGGUUGGAAGCCCGUGGGUACCCAGUUUUCUGGAAGUCUCAUGGCGAUUACAUUUCGUAAGCUUAUGGGUACCAGCUUUCUGCUGCAGUCUCGUAGUAGGGCCGAAGUAUUUUGUUUAAGAAAAUCUUUUCAAACGAAUACGCAAGAAUAUUUGUUUAACUGA